CCAACAUCUGCUUCCGUUAGUCAGCUUGCCCCAACCGGAAUCCUUACGAGUACCUCAGGCUGGUUCACAUUGGCGCAGACUAUUUUAUCAUAGAAUAACGGCUAUUCAGUCAGCUAAUUUAAUCUGCACAAAAGGUCUAGAAAAGAGAGAGCAGAUCGCAUAUUGCCCACUGCUGCCUUGACAUUCCAGAAAGUUCACCUGGUAAAACAUUCCCACUGGUCUCUUCUUCACCAUGGAUAAUGGGCCCCGCAUGAUGACCAAGCGGUCAGGCAACCUCAGGUACAACUCCCGGCUCUACGCCGACAAUGACCAACUGCAGCGUGCCCUGAACUUGAAGGCGGUCGACUUGCUUCACAUGGCUUUCGCGUCUGCCGACGACACCGAGAACCAGCAGUUCUUGGACAUAGGCUGCGGUACAGGUGACUUCACACGUGACUGGCUGCUGCCUAGAUGUCCGACUUGCCGAAGAUUCGUUGCCGUAGACGCGUCCGAAGAGAUGCUCUCGUACGCCCGCGCUAACAACGCGCAUCCUAAAAUCCAUUACGAUUAUCUGGACGCGCAAGGUGACGUCAUGGACUUCGUCAAAGAGUACGGCAGGUUCAACCGGAUUUACUCUUUUUUCUGCUUCAACUGGCUGAAGGACCAGGCGAAGGCUAUGAGCAACGUUUCCCAGCUCCUGACACCAUCUGGCGAGUGUGUCCUGGUGUUUCCCGCCUGGUCACCCACGCGGGAGUUGUGGCGGCAGAUCGCGCAGCUCGAUCGUUGGAAAAAGUUCUCAAAAGUAUUUGAAGAUUUCACGCCGAAAAGCCAAGACUUGGAGGACGACAAGGCGAGACUGUCCUACCUGCGUGGCAUCAUCGACUCUGCUGGCCUUACGGCCAACACGUGUGAGCUGCUUUAUAACAAGAUCGAAUUCCACAAAACUACAGAGUCCCUUGUCGAUAUCCAGCUCUCCGUGAAUCCUGUUGCUUCAGCGCUAUCGCCUGAAGAGACAGAGCUCCUACGCAAGGACGUCACCAACCUGGUUCUGAAAUGGACGAGCGAUAGCGCCUUUUCGUCACGGCCCUGUGUGUAUCUCGUGCACGCUAGAAAGCAAGACGAAUGUACAACUAAAGCAGGCUAAUUCAUUAAAGUUUUGGGCAUUGGGAUUUGUAUA